CGCGCGCUCCCUCCCGCAGUAUCGUGUGGUCAAGAGGGAAGGGAAAACUCGGCUCUAACUCGCUUCAUUCUCGCUACAUUCGCACGUAGACGCGAAAAGUGAGGUAAAUGCUGGUACGAGCGUCGCGAAAGCACCGUCCCCGACACUCGUCCGCGCUCUAAAGCAGCGAAUGUUGUGUUUUUCGGCGGACGGAACCAUUCGGAGACGGCGCGUGCAGUUCGGGGGGGUCCGUCCGCUGAACCGGGCCGUCGGGCGGCCCUGUGGCGCGGUCUCUCUGCUGACCCUCCGCGCUCGCUUGUUUGCCGACAGCGUCUGUACCGGGCCGCCGUCGCGUGUCACCCUCUAAGGUUCGACGGGCGCCCUUUUCGCGGGCCUGGCUCUCCGAGUCCCUCCCUCCCCUCGCGCGCCGCCGUGGACGCGCCCGCGUCGACCUCCGCGCGGACGGGCUGAGGGAGCGAGCGGGCGAGCGAGCGCAGCGCGAGACGGAGCAGGACGCGAGGACGGACGACGGAGAGCGCGAGCCCAUCCCUCAGGAGCCCGAGCGCGAGUCCAGCGGAACAUGGCGGAGCCCGUGCGCUCGCUCUUUGACUACCGCGAGCCUCCGACCCUGGACAGCGACGGGGAGGGGAGCAAACCGGCGCCCCCCCGGGGGCGUGUGUGUGGCCGGAAGAGGAAGGGGACCCCGGUGAAGGUGUGUGACAGGGUUUUUGUCACCGAGGAUGAGGAGGAGAGUUUGUCGGAGCACAGCUUUUGCCCAGGUGACGGGCAGUACCAGGAGGGCGAGGAGGACAGACUGCCUCCACCUGACAGCUCGUAUUACCUGGCAGACCCCUCCCCGAUUUGUGUGUCGGACCUCGGCGAUGAGGGCGGAAGCGGGGCCAGGGGGAGCGUACUGUACCCACCGCCUCCCAACUGCCGCAUCCGAGAGGUGCAUUGUGGGAGUCAAGUGCGGCUCGUCGUCAUAGCGAUCCGAGACAUCUCCAAGGGCGAGGAGAUUACCGUAAACUAUAGUCUGACGGAAUGGGGAGAAAAUGCCAUGGGAUUCCACAGCUCCGUGUCCCCUGGUGGGUUUGAGUGCAGCUCUGAUCCCGAGAACAACAUCAAGAAGGAGGAGGAAUCGGGUCCCGUGUCUCUCUCGCUUGCUGUCUCAGACUACCUCACGCCCUCCUGGUCCCUCUCUCCAUCAUCGUCCCCUCUCUCCCACUCGGAACCCAGCGACUCUGAUCACGAGGAUGAAGAGGAAGACGAGGAAGACGAGCUGGAGGAGCAGCGAGGUCGCAUGUUGCGGCGACGAAAGAGGCGGAAGACGCCCGCUGCGUCCAAGAAGAAGGCGUCUCCGAGGGCCGCCAGCCGCUCACACCCCUUCUCCCGCUCUGUGCCUCAGACCGCUGCGUCUCGGGCUCUCUUCAAGUCCCCUGCCCCAGCCCCCACCACCAGUAUCAACAACAACAUUAACAUUAACAUUGGGCGCGGUGUGGGUGGGGCCACAGGAGGUCCUGCACCGAAGCAACGCUGCCAGCACUGUGGCAGGCACUUCCGCUCACUGGCCCGCCACCUGGCAAAGCACCAUGCCCAGCAGCCUGAGGUCAAGUCCAGCAUGGAGCUCAGCCAGUUCCGCCCUCACACAGGCCCCGCCCACUCCCACACAAGCUCCUCCCUACCUUCGUCCUCAUCUGCCACUUCAUCCACUCCACCCAGUCUCUUCACCAGGGACGCGCAGCCUGGUGCGAUGUCCCUGUCUCUGUCCCUGACUCCAUCAGCUCACAGCCACGCCCCCACAGCGUCCAGGAAGAGCCCAGCCCUCUCGACCUCUCCCAGAAAGAGUCCCAUACCGGCACUGCAGUCUCCGCCUCGGAAGGGGUCCGUCUUAGCUGCUGCACCAAAAAAGAGCCCCGCCCCUUCAACUCCUCCCAGGAAAGGUGGACGUCGGAUGAAGAAGGAGAAAGAGGAGGAGGCAGAGCCGGCCGAGUCAGGUGCGGGGCGAGUGAAUCAGGUGCAGGAGGUGCCGCCCCCGACCACCUACCGGAGUGAGGCUAAAGGAGAAGAGCAACAGGAAAGGGCACCGGGAAGAGAGGAGGAGAGUGCAGGAGAGGACAAGAAAGGGGCUGUGACCAGUGCCGGCCGGUCCCACAUGUUGCCGCUGCUGUCGUCGCUCUCGUCCCUGGUCAUAUACUUGCAGCGCCUGCAGCACUCGGCCUUCCUGUCGCUGUCGCGCUCGCCACAGUCGGCUGAGGCCUGGCGGCUGCUGUGUCACUCGAGCCUGGCACUGCUCAUCCUCUACAAUCGGCGGCGUGAGUGUGAGGCCUCCAAGCUCACUCUGCAGGAGUACUGUGCCCGCGUCCGUCCGCAGUGUCCCGCCCCGGUACCCCCCGGGGCCCCACCCGCCCUCACCCCGUUGGAGGCCUCGCUCUCUCCUUUCGAGCGCCAGGUGCUUCCCCACCUCCCACGGGUGGGUGUGCAGGGCAAGCGGGGCCGCGUGCAGCCCCUCAUCUUGCCGCCCCACAGCGAGCCUUGCCUGGAGCUGCUGCUACAGACCCGUUCGGGCGUGGGCGUGGACCCGCAGAACCCCUACGUGUUUGCACGGCCUUACCACUCGCCAGCCACGCCCUUGCGGGGCACCGACCUACUGCGCAGCCUGGCACGUGCCAGCGGCACCCGCAAUCCGCGUGCACUCACCCAAACACGGCUGCGCCGGCAGGUGGCCAUCCUCACACAGCUGUUGCUGCUGGUCGAGGGUGAGGGGGGCGAAGGAGGUGCUGCUGCCCGUCGCCUCGAGAACUUCCUGCAGAAGGAGUACCAUGUGACGCAGAGCUGCUCCGGCAUCGCCCAGGACCCGGGGCUCAUGGGACGUGUGGCUCGUGUGGUGCUAUGCGGCGAGAGGGACGGUGUCCUCUUUCGGGGCAUGAGCCUGCACCACAUCUGCCUGGAGCUAGACGUGAUGUCGGGGAACUCGGCCGACUCCUUCUCGGAUGACUCCGAGGGAGAGCGGGCGCCGGGCAAGGAGAGCGCCACCAAGAAGGACGCAGCCACCUCCAAGUCGCCCCGCCAAGGCAAAGCCAGCUCCACCCCUGCCUCAGCCAGCCAGGCCGGCUGUACCCCGGUAUCUCGCAAGAGGGGUGGAGGGCAGCCCAAGCCAGGGAAGCGUGGGGUCCUCAAGCGGCCAUGGUCGGAGGCAGAGCGUGCCGCUGUGGAGACCCACCUGACGAGGAACAUCAUGGAGCUGCGGGUUCCUGCCAAGGCAGACUGCGAGCGCUGCCUUCAACACUGCCCCCUACUGGUGGCCAAUCGCAGGGACUGGCGUGCCAUCAAGUUCUACUGCCACAACCGCAUCCAGCUGCUGAAGAAAAAGGGCAGGCGGGAGGUGGCGGAACAGGGUGGCUCCGGCACCAUCUGAGGGGGUGGGGGGAACUAGCACUCUGUGUCCAAAACUGUUGGCUGCACCAGCUUGAUGUAGUAGUGAAGUGAAAGCACACACUGCAGAGAGGUUGCACUCUGCAGCAGUUGAUGUUACACCCACCCCAUCCAGAACAUGAAGUUCGGGGUUGGACGAUACCCCCCCCAGCACCGCGCUGGUUCUUUUUCUACCUCUGUUCUCAGUCGUUCAUUCAGCAUUGUUCUUUGGACAGGUGUUCAGCUCACCUGAUGUUCCAGGUGUGAAGAGGAGUGUGUGUGUGUUCCCUGGUAUCCCCUGGACAGACCUUGACUUAUUUCCCUCUGUCUGCAAACGUACCAUUAUGCAGACACAGGGCUACUGUUGUUGUGACGAGAAGGGACACACACACACGCUCGAUUUCGCCGACUGAACUGAAGCGAGUGUGAUGCAGCCUAUUUCUCAUUCCAUCUUCCUGCUGGGAACCGCAGCUGUAAAAUUCUUGUUACUUUUAUGAACAAAAAUGUGAGCGGAGCAUUAGCAACGUACAUAUGAAGUGAUGUACAGUAUCAUUUUGCCACUUGACUACCUGCAUAUUUGUUGCUGUUUUGUUGUAUUUUUACAAUACAGUGACAGGUGUAUGGAAAUUGAAUUUAAUGACAGCACUUCACUGACAGUGGUUUUAAUACGUAUCAUAAUAAUUAUUGUUAUAUGACCGUUCUACUGGAGGACACUGAAUGAACCUCGGGAAUGUUCCAGAACUCGGUUAGUGGAAAUGCCCUGUGUGUCAUGGCAGAAAGCAGCUUUGUGUGUUUUGUCCUUUUCCUUUUUGUUGUCAUAUACUUGAAGUUAUUUAAUAAUGUCCAUUUUCUCUCAUUGGAGACACUCACAAACUCAAGGUUCCUGUUGCUCAUGUACAGAAUAUUAUAUUUCACAUUCUUGUACUGCUCACUGAUAUUUUGAUUCCCAUGGAGACAUGCUGUAAUUUUUUCUGUAAAUAAUCUGUGAACCUAUAAAAGGAUUUG